AUGAAUCUGCCACUCACUGAAUCAUUUCAAAAAAUAUUUUUAAAAGUUCCUGACAAGUAUCAUCGGCUAUUUACCUUAUCAAUCCUCCCAAAAGUGGAAUCCAAAACCCUCAAAAAGAUGGAAUCUAAUACUGCUUUGAAGUCGUAUAAUUCUGUCAUUAUAAAUCUUACCGCAAACAAUGAAUUUGUCGAUUCUAGCACCAAAAAUACAAAUUUAUUCACUUAUAUUGAUUAUUAUAAUAAAAACCAUUGCAAUAGUUAUGAUAGUUAUAAUAACCCAAAUGAUUUCAAUAGCAAAAAGUUGGAUAUACCAAAAGAUGUUUUGCAUUUAGAGGGCUCGGAUUUUUUCAAACUCAACAACCAACAUACAAAAUUAAUUCAAAACCUUACAAUAUUGUUAGAUUUCUUUAAGAUUGAUGCAGAUUAUUGUAAUAUAUUGGUUGAUAUUCUAAAAAAAACAGAAAAUUUGCAAAAAAUUAAUCUUAUCAUUUAUGAUAGUGAUAGCAAGCUUUGUCUAUUUAAUCAUGAAAAAGUAGAUAAUUCAGGACUUAAUAACGAUUUGUAUGAAAUUUGGAAUAAAUUUACAAAACUAUUAAUCCUUCUCAACUCGGAUUCUUUAAAUCAAAUCAAUAUUAAUUCUGGAGAUUUUUCAGUUGAUGUUUCUAAGUAUUUUUGGUUUUUGAAUCAAUUAACUGAAGAUACAAAUAAAAGCUACUCCACCAAGAAUGCACAAUUCUUUUUAAAUUUUGAGUCCUUUAAUAAAAGCUCUUUAUUUUUUAAAGAGCAAAAAACAAAUUAUACUGAUGUAUUAGUUACUAAUGAUGAGUCUAAUGAUAGUUUUAUUAAUGAAUCUACAAGCGAUUUAAAUCACUGGGAAAUUUUCCCAACUCAAUCUUCAAACUUUUUGUAUCAAUUUUCAAUUGGCGAUGAUAUAUUUUUUAAAGAACUAAACUCAUUUAUGAAAUUUUCAGUUAAUUAUUCAUUUCUGAAUUCACAAGUAGAGAUGCAACCUUUCCCUCCUUUUCUUAAAAUAAAAACAUUAGGGUUUCAAGGGAUUGAUUUCAGCAAAAUUAACGAUUUAACAAACAAAGCUGAACACAUUAAAUUGGAUUUUUCCAAAAAUACUAUUUUUAACGCUAGAAUAUUAUCAAUUUUAAUUAAUUUGUCAUUUUUAAAUUUGGCUCAUAGCCAAAUUGAAGACAUAUCUUUUUUAGCAAAUUUAAUUAAUUUAAGAACUUUAAAUUUAAGUGACAAUUUUCUUAGAGAAGUCUCUUGCUUAGGAAAGCUAAUUCAUUUAAACAAUUUAAACUUAGAUGAUAAUGAUAUUGUAAAUAUUGAUUUUAUAAUUCAUUUGAAAGAAUUGAGAAGAUUAUCAUUUUCUAUUAAUUCAAUUGAAAGCAUUGAUAGUUUAUCAGAAUUAAAAAAAUUGGUUAAUUUAGAAGGAAAUUAUAAUAAAAUUCAGAAAAUUGAUCCAAUAAUUAAAUUACAAAAACUUGAAGAAUUGUCUUUAAAUUGUAAUAAAAUUUCCGAACUAAAAGAAAUAAAUAAAUUAGAGAACCUUGUUAAACUUAAUUUACAUAGAAAUUUAAUCAAAGAAGUUAAAGAAGUCUUUUUUUCUGCGGAUAAUUCGAAAAAAUUUAGUAAAUUAAGAAAGAUUAAAAUUUCUGGAAAUCAAAUUGAAGAUUUGAAAAACAUUUAUAUUCCAGAAAAUCUUGAAUAUUUUGACUUUUCAUGGAAUAAAAUUAAUAAAUUUUCUAUUAAAGAUUGGGAAAAUAUUUCCAAGUUAAAAAUUAUUAAGUUGGAUCAAAAUUCCUUAAAAGGAUUGAAGAAUUUCAAGAUUCCAAACAGUAUUGAAAAAUUGUUUUUAGAUCACAACAAUUUAAAAAAUUUUCCAUUAAAUAUAAUAAAAACCAGCACUAGUUAA